AUGAAAGCCACCAUCCAAGACAUCUGCCUCGACCUCCUGUUCGUGUACAUAGUCUGGAGCUGGACCCUUUCGGCCAUCCUGCGGUGUGGCGCGACCACCGGCACCCCUUCUCCGGUCUCUCAGGUGACGCCUCCCGCGGCUGAGGCGGUGACGCCGCGACCCUCGCUCUACCUCGACACUUCCCGUUACAGCUCGGAACGCUUCUUGGGCAUCACGACGAGGAACGCCACUGGGAAGCAGAGGAGAGGAUCCGAAAGCGUGGAGAGUGGAGAGAUUUCCGGAAAUUAUCACGUGGUGCGCGGCUCCAAUCACCGAGCAGAUAAAAAAUUCAACAGCAACGAGCAGCUAAGAGUUCCACUGUACAAGCCCGGGGACAUUCCAGGCGUGGAUCCAGUGGAAAACGAAGUGAUAGAACACCCCAAGCAGCCAUUCCCUCCAGUACCGGGAGCUGGUUACAUUCCUCCUUCCGCAGCACUAGAACAGGACGGUCCGGCGCCACUCACACUCCGAAAUGACAGAGAAGAACCCAGAGUAGAAUACGUGACAGCUGACUGUUUCAACAACUAUAUGAAGAUCACUGUGCAGUUCAAUGGAUCAUUCGAAGGUCUGGUGUACAGCAGUGGUUACGCAUACGAUUCCGAUUGCGUCUAUGUGAAUGGAUCUGGACAAGACAAAUACGAAUUUUCCAUUCGGCUCAACAGCUGCGGUACACUAGGUAGACCGGAAUUUGAAACAUCAGCCAAUGAAGUACCGGACCGUAAUCAUUUUAUGUGGAACACGAUCACUGUGCAGUACAACCGAGAAAUCGAGGCAGACCUGGAUGAGCACUUUCAAGUCACUUGUGAAUACGGUUAUGAAUUCCGACGAACAGUCACCUUUCCUGUGGUUGGAGUAGAAAAAAGUACAUCGAGUCCUUAUUUGGUGACCCUUUCGCCCCCACAAUGCUACAUGGAAGUUCGAUCUGGAUUCGGACCCUCAGGCGGUCGUCUUACAGGACCUGUUACUGUAGGAGAUCCGCUUACUCUUAUGAUUCACAUGGAAAGUGAUAGUACUGAGUUUGAUGUUGCUGUAAGUAGCUGCUAUGCUCACAAUGGCGCUAAGAAGCGACUUCAACUAAUUGACGCUAAUGGAUGCAUAUCUAAAGAGCAACUGAUGAGCCCUUUCAGGGGCACUAAGAACGGUGGUACUGGAUCGUCGAACCAUGUCGCUCUUUACGCCUACUUCAAGGCCUUCCGAUUCACAAGCAGCCCAGCUCUCUAUAUUGAGUGUGAUGUUCACAUGUGCCAUGGAACUUGCCCGGCACAGCGAUGUCACUGGAAGUCUUUAACCAAACGAUCUGCAAACCGCAGCUUGAUAAAGAGGAAUGCAACAUCGACAUCAGAAAAUGUCAGUUUGUUCCAAGCUUUACAAGUUUUACAAGAGCCAAUGGAUGCAGUAUCUUCUUCAAAUACACAAACAGAUGAAAUUCCUAGUGGUACCUUAUGCCUUCCAAGCGUCGCCCUUACUGCAGUAAUUUCUGCCAUCUUGGCCUGCCUUCUACUAGCAUGUGUCAUGUGCAUCCUAUUGUGCCUACGCAUGAAGCGCAUCAAAGAGGCCGGAGACAUGCCAGCAAUGGAUAACUAUAUGACCAGUGCCUACCUUCACAAGCAGCCAACUAGGAAACGGCUAUGA